AUGUCUGAGAAAAUAAUGGCAUUGAGUCACAAGCAUCAUCUGAAGAGCUUGAUGCUCCAGAUUGCUAAGGGCUUGCUAGAUGCAGAGGCCAUAGAGGCAGUGGAAGAUACUUUUUUUUACAUGGAUGAGAACUGCGCUACAUUUGACAUGCCUGGGUCAUUGGCAGAACUGCAGGAACUGUGCAAGACAAUUCAUCACCAGAUUGAUAAAGUAGAUGAGGAGAGAUACGACCUGGCAGGCAAAGGAGGCAAGUGUGACAAAGAGAUUGAGGAUUUGAGGAUUAAAGUGAUUGAGUUCCAAGGAUUGUCUGCUGACUCCAUGCUCCAGGCACUGCUGGGCUCCAAGCACAAGGUGUCUAUGCAUUUCAGAGCCAACCUGAAAGAAGUGAAGAAGGAAGUCAAAGAGGAGGACAAAGAUGCAGUUGGUGACUGGCGUAAGAACAUUGAUGACAAGGCAGGCAUGGACGGCAGAAAGAAGAUGUUUGAGGCCGCAUAAUAUCUGUGGCACGACUCAGUCCCAUUUCACUUGCCUUUCUCUAUGUCCUAAUAAUAAGUCAGUUGUUGUCAGCCAUGGCUGCAUUUUGUAUUUAGAUGUUAGAUAUAUAAAGUAGUUUUGUGGUUAAGUCAGAUAUGGAUUUGUAUGACCAUGUUGUCGACUGAGAUCAUUUCCCUUUUCACAGCAACUUGAACAUAUUUUGAAGAACACUUGCUGUAUGAAGAAAUGUACUUAAGUAUAUAUGACUGAAUAUUAAAUAAAUAUUUGAACCUUUA